GGCGAAUCCGCUUCGAGCUCGCUCGACGUUAGGCGGGACCAUGGAACUUCAAACCGCUCUGCAGCUACGUAGUGGGGCUGUGCGGCGCUCACAGCUGUACACAAUGACCCCAGCGAGUUAGCAGGUGCGGAGCCUGUUUGUAUGGUGUCAGUGGUUCUAUUACCACCAGUUUAUGUGUUUCCACAUAGCCUGGCUUCCUGCCAUUUACCAGAGUAAGGCUGCUGUGCCUUCUCCCUCUCUGUGGGAAACUGCUGCUGCUCAACUAUGCUGCAGUAUAGUUUGAACAAAUAAACCAUAUUUCAGAUAUGGAGACUUUGCUGCAUGUCGGCAGAUAAACACUAGGCUGUCUUCACUUCCACUACUGCCAUUGUGAAUAACCAGAGAUUUUACCCAACACUAACAGCAAGUUAACCACAGCUGUCCACUGCCACAACAAGCCUGCUUUUCUACACACCUCGCUGCUAAAGUCUCCAGCAUGUAUCAGAUUGUCCCGGCAGCUCCUGGGGAGCAGCAGAUGGUCGGGGGAGCAGGUGGUUCUCCACUGAAGAAGAAACUGGCUCAUGAAGGUCGGCCUCUGGUGAUGGCCAGCAUGUUGGGCUGUGUGUUGGUGCUGGCUGCUGUGGUCGCCUGGUGCUACUACUCUGCAUCCCUCCGCAAAGCCGAGCUGCUGAAGGCUGAGCUGUUGGACCUCAACAAGGAUGGUUUUGUCAUUCGGAACCAAGUUGGGGCUGUCAUCUUCAGUAUGGCCUUCAGGUCGGGCACUCUGGAUCUGGACUCUUGCUCAAAGGAGGGAAAUCUUCUGAGCUGCACCCAUUCAGAUUCUGGAAAACUCAACUUCUUUAUCCAGACAGUUCGACCUAAGGAUACUGUGAUGUGUUACCGUGUUCGCUGGGAGGAGCUGCAAAAUAAGCAGUCAGUGGAACAUGCCAUGGCCUAUAAUGACUCUCACUGGUAUGGAGGGGCGGAGACCGCAACACAAUACUGGCCUGUCAGGAUUCAAGGAGAGGAGGAACCACAGCCCUUCAUCACCAGUGAUGUCUACUCAAAUAGGAACGCUUUCGGGGGAAUUUUAGAACGCUAUUGGCUGUCGUCCAAUGCGACUGCCAUCAAGAUUAAUGACUCAGUACCAUUUCAUUUGGGCUGGUCAGAGAAGGACAGGACACUAAGGUUCCAGGCCCGAUACCAGGACUCACCCUACAGACCACCAAUGGGUCAGCAGGCCUUACCUGAACUCAGCUACAGAGUGUGUGUAGGGUCCGAUGUUACCUCUAUUCACAAAUACAUGGUGCGUCGAUAUUUCCCAAAGCCUAUCAAGGUCCCAUCCCCUGAAGUGUUCAAACAACCGUUGUGGUCCACAUGGGCUCUCCAUAAGACGGCUGUAACUCAGGAGAAGCUGCUGCGGUACGCCUCUGACAUCACCAAGCAUGGCUUCACAUGCUCCCAUCUUGAGCUGGAUGACCGCUACACUGCAGACUAUGGAGAGUUUGACUUUGACCCGCAGAAGUUCCCCAAUGCUAGUGGUAUGUUUGACAAACUGAGAGAGGAUGGGUUUCUGGUGUCGCUCUGGACACACCCUUUUAUCAACUACGACUCCAUUAACUUUGGUGUUGCCGUGGAGAAAGGACUGCUUGUCCGAGAGCCGAGCGGUGAGCUGCCAGCUCUGGUGCGCUGGUGGAACGGCAUUGGAGGAAUAUUGGACUUUACCAACCCAGAAGCCCGCGAGUGGUAUUCCUCACACCUGCGUAUGCUCAAAUUGCGCUAUGAAGUGACGUCCUUCAAGUUCGACGCAGGAGAGACUAGCUACCUCCCAGGGCAGUUCAGCACUCUGGUCCCACUGUCUGACCCUUCCACCUUCACCCGCCGCUACACAGAGAUGGCCAUACCAUUCAGCGAGCGUGCUGAGCUGAGGGUGGGCUACCAGAGCCAGAACAUCUCCUGCUUCUUCAGGAUCAUCGACAGAGACUCUGUGUGGGGUUAUGAGCUCGGCCUCAAGUCCAUCAUCCCGACUGUUCUGACCAUCAGCAUUUUGGGCUACCAGUUUGUCUUACCUGAUAUGAUAGGAGGGAAUGCAUAUCCCAACCGCACCGCAGGUGGUGGAGAUGGAAAAAAUGGUUUGCCGGACCGAGAGCUGUACAUCCGAUGGUUGGAGCUGUCUGCUUUCAUGCCAGCCAUGCAGUUCUCUAUACCACCGUGGGCCUACGACAAUGAGGUGGUACAGAUAGCGCAGAAGUUCACAGAGCUCCAUGAGAAUCUGGUGGCUCCAAGGGUUCUCGAACUAGCAGGGGAGGUUCUCGAUACAGGGGAUCCAAUCAUCAGGCCCCUCUGGUGGAUCGCCAAUGACGACGAGGCAGCCUAUAAGAUUGACUCUCAGUUCCUGAUCGGGGAUGACCUGAUGGUGGCUCCGGUAUUAGAGCCAGGAAAGCAAGAGAGGGACAUUUACCUGCCUGCGGGACGAUGGAGAAGCUACAAGGGGGAACAUUUUGAUAAAGGCCCCAUGUACCUCACUGACUACCCUGUGGACCUGGACGAGAUAGCUUUCUUUACAUGGGUUCACUGAAGAAGCUACAGAGUUAAACGCGCGCACACACACACACACACACACACACACACACACUGUUUGCACAUUUACCUUCUUGUGAGCACAGAUGCCAAGAAGUAGCAGAGGAUGUGUGUUUUUCAAAGGGAAAUGACCACUAGGGACCUGCUCCUCAGCAGAACGUGAUUUUGGUGACGGUAAACCUCAUGUCAAACUGCUCUUUCUCUGGACAUCUGCCUGCAGAUUAUAGCCAUCCAAAGACCUUCAAUGAAACUUGUAUUAUCUUGUUCCAUCCUUAAGCUGAUCCUCAUCCUCAUGUGCCUUCCAUAGCCAAUAGUAAAACCGAUCUCAGAUUGUAUCGUCACCGCAGUCUUCCAUCGAAUGGACAUUUAGAUUUUUUGUCCCAGAGCUUGAAUGGUUUGGUUUUAUGGUUUUAUAAAGUUUGCUUUAUGUCCUUCGGCCUGAAUUUUCUUUGCCAGGUUCUACAUUAAAUGGGCAAUAAGGUCACUGAUACAGUAUUUGUCCUUACUGGGGCUCGACAGGGUUGGGCAUUGGCAAUAAAAACAAAGUUUGAUUUGUUCAAAAGGGCAUGCCUCACCUUAUGUCAACAUGGCAACUACUGUAUUGUAGAAAAUGUCUACUCUCCUAACUACCUAUGUUUAAGCUAACAUGCAUUAAUUUGCACUGAGUGCAAAAUGCAAAUCAUUUCUGUUCACUUGCUAUGAAUAUGUAUGAACUCCUUUCUUUAGAUUUAUGGAUGAUGUUUGAGUGUAUAUAGAUUAAUGCGAUUCUGGAUUUAAUUUGUGAUUCUAAUCACAGACAAAGGUUUUUGUCAGCAUUCCUUGAUCUGUUGUCCCAUAUUGUCUUUUCAGUGCCAAAAUCUACUGCUUGAUGCUGUUUUAAUCUGCAAGUUAAAGUCACAGCUCAGGGUAGAUUUAAAAGAUAAAAUCUUGUUUUGUUAGAGUUCAUUUUGCUGAUCCAAAGCAAGAAAUAGAUUUAUUAUACAUAUACAACUGGUUUGCCUUGUAAAGAUGUUCUCAAAGUUGCCAUAAAUAAUUGCUGUCCAUGUCCUUAUGACUUUAUUUGCCUUAUAGCUUAAUUAAGCUAUGCUAAACGUAGUACAGAGAAGAAUGAUAGGACACCUCUGUACACACAGCGAUAUGAUCGAUGCUUUGCUCCUUCACACUGAGGCGCCGUCGAGUACAUGAGGAGUGUUGUUGUAAAAUGAGACACGUGCCAGCUGAAUAUAUGACUGUAUAUUCUGGCAUGGGAGUAAAGCACAGUAAUACACUCAUUGAUAAGAGUCUAAAUGCCUUGCUUGAAAAAUAACUAAACUCUAUAAGAUGGUGUCAGGACUUUGUUUGAGGUGUGUAAGCAACUGCAUAUAAAAUCUGUUUAGAACAUGUUUAAAAUUCUCUUGAUGUUUUUUUUUGUUUGUUUGUUAAUAAAUGAAACGCUCUUGCUGUAUAUUGGA